GGAGAUCAAUUUGCUACACGCACAACCAUGGCUACCUCUUGCCUUCCUCCCUCCCUUCUUCCACAAAACUCGCACCGGCGGGAAUCGCGCCAGCCGAGCAGAUCAGCAAAGGCCAUGCUUGAAACACCCACUCCCCUAGCUGCGUCUCAUUGUGUAGUGUGUUGCAUUCAUCCAGAGCUUUCGAAUGUUCGAUCGGCAUGACGACGCGCACCUCCAUCCAGUCUGCUUUUGCCCAAUUUUAGGUCAACCUAGCGCCUUUCCGCGCGCGUUGCGUACUCCGUAUCAAGCAGUAGUCUCCGCGCGGUUAACGAAGCAGUAAUCUCCGCACGAUUAACGAAGCAGUAGUCUCCGCGCGGUUGACGAAACAGUAGUCGCCACACUAUGGACGUCUACGUGUCUCUUCCGCGUCGUCCCGUCCUCACCGCUGCCACUCCAAUCGCCCGUCAACUCGACCGAAAUUCCGCCCAACGCCGGUUACUGCCAACGUCUUCUGUCUGCUUCCUAAGGAGGCCUUUCUUCGGGAAGCCAUUAUCGGAUCAGCGCUUAGUGAAACGUGCCAGCCGGUUUCAUGCUUCGCCGAGAGCACCUCCCGCUGCGUCCCGCCUGUUUUCGGCUUUCGUCCCCUCCUCCCGCCGUCACCCAUCCCCACUUGGCCGGACGUCCCUACCCUUGUCGUUAACGUCGACGUUAUCGUCAUCGUUUACGUCAACCGCUAGCGGGAGCUACCAGCAGCAGCACCAGCAGCCUUCGAGCCUAGUGCCACGAAGCACGGGGGCUGUAGCACGCCGGCAGCCCCGGCUACAGGUGCGAGCGGAUGCGGCGGCGGCAGGGUUUUCCAUUAUCGAGGCCGCCGUCUCUGGGCCGCUCCGCGACCUCGUUCUUGUCACGCUCGGCGCAGUCACAGCGCUGCUGACGGCGGCUCUCAUCGUCUGGCUCCACCGACUAAACGAACGGAAGAGACCUCAUGAUUCCUCGCAUUAUUCGGAGUUAGGACACCACCAGCGCCCUGCCCUUCCCAGCCCUUCCUUCUCCCCUUCCUCCUCCUCCUCCGCCCCCUCUCCACCUGCGGCAACUGUAGCAGCAGUUGCUGCUGCAGCUGCUCUUUCAGCUUAUAGCGCGGAUGAUUCCGGACUUGGUGGCUCAACGGCUGCUGAAGCCGAUCCUGCUUAUAACGGAUGUGCCGCUCUGAACGGGUCUGCUUCUAACGGCCACGCUCUUAACGGAUCUGCUCUUAGCGGGAGUGCCGUUAACGGGUAUGCAGUGCAGAGCAGCGCUGGUCAGGCGUUGGAGCAAGAGCAGCAGGCUUACACAGGCGAACAAGGCAGUGAUACAGCCGCGGAACCCGGCAUGACGACUCGCACAGGCAGCAGCAGCAGCAGCAGAAGGGAGAGCAGCAAGGACGGCAGAGGCAGCAACACCAAGAAACGUCCCUUGACCAGCAAACCCGGCGCUGCUUUCUGGUCUAAAGGCAAGAGCCUGGGAAGCUUUUUUGGAGUCGGCUCUGGUGCAGCAGCAACAGCAGCAGCCGCAGCAGCAGACGGCAGCAGCAAGAGAAGCGGCGGACGAGGGGGCAGCUCGAAAGCGAGCUCCAGAAGCAGCACGAGAGCCGUUGCUGCUUCCACGGACGGGAAACUAGGCGCGCCGACGGACGUGGGCGUGGGCAUGCAGAAGGAGUCGGUGGAGUGGGUGAACAUGGUGGUCCAGAAGAUGUGGAAGGUCUACCGGGAGCCCAUUGAGACGUGGCUCGUGACCAGAAUCCAGCGCAGCAUCGACAAGCUCCAGCCGACGCUCCCGGCGCCCUUCUCCCGGGUGGAGAUCGCGGUUUUCACUCUCGACUAUGCGCCGUUUGCGGUGCGCACCGUGCAGCAGCGACCGAGCAGGAAGGCGGACGACCUGCAGUACCAUGUCGGGGUGCGCUAUAGCGGGGAUGCGCACUGUGUGAUACGCCUGCAUUUGAACGUGGGCGGGGUGAAGUGGUCGGUGCCGGUGGAUGUGAACGAUCUGGACAUCGACGCGGAGGUGUGGGUGAAGCUGAGGCUGGUUCCCAAGAAGCCGUUCGUCGCCAGCCUGUCGCUGGCGUUCGUGCGGCUCCCGACUAUCAAGCUCGUUCUCGCUCCGUUCCACGUGCUUAACGUUGUCGGCAUCCCCUUCCUCUCCAAGCUUCUCACGGAGGACCUCCCCCGGCUCCUCGUGCUGCCGCGCCACAUCAGCCUGGACUUCCUGCCACCUGGCAUGGACACUGACGAGGACGCUGACGUGGGCGCUGACGUGGGCGCUGUCGCGAGUGCUGUGGCAAGUGCUGUCGUGGAGCAGCAGGAAGGCGUGGCACAGAGGCUGGCUGACGCUGCAGCGUCUGCUGUGAUUGGGAGUCUUCUCAGCAGCGCACCAGCAGGCGCUUUCAGUGGCGAAACGACCAUUAGCAGCAGCAUCAUCAGCAGCACCACCACCACCACCAGCACCAGCGGCAGCAGCAGCAGCGCCGGGAGCAGCAGUGGUGGCGGCAUUAUCGGAAUGGGCAGCGCCAUUACAGGCAUCGUAACAGGCGCCACCACAGGCACCCCGUUCGGCAGCAAGCCAAAGCCCGCACCCAAGACUCAAACAGCAACGCUGCAUUCCCUAGACGACCCCUCCUCCCCCCCGUCCUCUUUCUCCGCCUCCGCCUCCGCCCCCUCCGCCUCCCCCUCCCCCUUCCCCUUCCCCUCGUCCGCCAUUCACGCGCCUCUCCUGGGCGACACGUCCGACGCGUUCAAGGGGGAGCUCUCAGUCACUCUCUGCGAGGCCCGCAACCUGCCCACCUCCCCGCUCUCCCUCCUCAACCUCCCCUCUUCGCCUCUCUCCUCUCUCAACCUGCCGUCUGGCCCUCUGGCCGCUUUCGCCAACCCGCUCUCGCUGCUCAGCAACCCGUACUGCCGGCUGCUGUUUGGGGGGGCGGUGGUGGAGAGCAAGAGGAAUCGGCAGACGUCGCACGCGUCGGGGCCGGGGGACCCCGUGUGGAACCAGGACUUUCUCUUCUGCGUGGAGAGCCCCCGGAGGCAGAAGCUGACCGUGGUGGUGCGGGACUCCGCGCCUUUCACUCGGGACCUGGGCUUUGUUCAGGUCCCCCUAAAUCAACUCCAGGACUGCAUUCCAAUCUCCAUGUGGUUACCACUGUUACAAGACGGACCCUUCGGCGUGAAACCCGCCCCUCAGGGCGAGGUACGGCUGGUCCUCACCUACAAGUCGUACGUGGAGGAAGGCUCGGGCCGAACCACAGUCCUGGGAAAGUUCGGCAAGCCGAACAAGACGAAGGUUCGGAUCAGGUUCGGUGAUGAGGCAGUGGGAGAAAAGAGCUUGGGUGAGAGAAAGAGAGAUGGAGAUAGUGAGAGUGAGAGCGAGAGUGAGAGUGAGAGGGAGGGAUGGAGUGACGGGGAAGGGGGGAGUGAUGGAGAGUGGCUCUUUGGGCCAGGAAGGUUCAAAGGAGCAGCUGGAGGGCCAGCAGCAGAAGCAGCAGCAGGAGGAGAACUAUCAGCGGCAGCAGCGGCGGCGGCAGCGGCAGCAGCAGCAGAGUCAGAAGCUGCUACUAGUGCAGCCAGAGGAGCUAAACAAGCGGCCGGGGAAGCGUUAAACGAGUUCAAAAGCAGGGCUACAGCAGCUGCGAAGUCCGUUGCAGGAGACAGGUGGGGGAGAGAGGGAGGGAGGAAAGCAGACGCAAGCAGCAGCAGCAGCAGCAGCAGCAGCAGCAGCAGCAGCAGCAGCAGCAGCAGCAGCAGCAGCAGUGGUGGUGGCAUUGCCACUAGCAGCAGCAGCAGUGGCAGUAAGCGUGCGAGGCUGAGGCAAUUUUCGUCACAGGUGAAAGGAGUUGUGAAGGCAGGAGCCAAGGCUGCUGCUGGUAAGGCGCUCAGUAAAGCCGCCCUGGCUGCUGCUGCGGUGGCAGGAGCGGCUGCUUCCGCUGCUGCUAAGGUUGUGGGCGAUGGAUCAGCAGCAGCAGCAGUAGCAGAUAUGACUGCAGCUUCUGAGGCUGCUGCCCCUGCUGCUGCUGCUUCUGCUGCUUCUGCCUCUCGGCCUGGUGGGAGUGCACCUGCUGCAGAUGGUGUGACUGUAUCGACAGCUGCUGGUAGGAGUAAUGUGAUUACAACAGGUGUCGAUGAAUUGAUUGAGGAGGAGACGGAAAUGCAAAUCCGAGUGCGUGCUUAUCCGAUCUGUGAUUGGCCGAGGACUGCCAUGCCAGCACCAGCAGAAACAGCACCAGCAGCACCGCCAGCAGCAAUGUUGGCCCCAGCAGCUGCAGCACCACCAGUGAUAAAUGAUGCACCUCUGGUAGCAUCCGCGGCAGUGAAUGGUUCUGCUUAUGUAACACCAGCAGCUGCACCAGCAGCAGUAAAUGGUGCCUCUGAUGUAACACCAGGCGCGGAGGUGGUUACCAGUGGAGGUGACGCAGAUGGCCUGUGGUGGGCGGGAGAGGGGGCAGAGGAUUUUAAAAUAGAAGAGGAGGGGGAAGUAGGGGGAGAAGGAAUGGGGGAAGGAGCAAUCAGAUGGCAAUGGGGUGAAGGCGGGAUGUGGAAGGAUGCUGUAUCAGUUGGCAAUGCUGAGCCUCCUUCCAGCUCGAGCUCCCAUGGUGGUGCUGCAGGCGGCAUUCCAAUGCCCAAGGGAGCCAAUAGGUUUGCAGGUGCAUCUUCAAGCGGAGCCAAUGGUUUUGCUGCUUAUAACGGAUCUGCCCACAGCAACGGGCAUGCUAGUAAUGGAACGUCAGUUGUUACCAACGGAAGGGCGUCAGCAGCAGCAAAUGACAGUGAAGCAGCAGGCCCAAGUGAAGAGGCUCACUCUGGAGACCCAAGUGAAGAGGUGCACGCUGGUGACCCCUGGUGGCUGGAGAAUGAUGCUAUCACUGAACUCUUUGACGUGCUAGAGAGGCACUGAAGCAGACUAUAACGAAGCAGUCUAUAACGAAGCAGAUUAUAACGAAGCAGAUUAUAACAAAGCAGACUAUAUCGAAGCGGUCUAUAACGAGGCAUCAGGUUCAGAUGAAGAGUGUCAUGCUGGUGGCCCUUGGCGGCUGGAAAGCGACGUGAUUUUGUAACUCUUUGAUUUGCUGCGUGGCCUUGAAGUAGGCUAUGGCGAAGCUGUUUUAUAGCGAAGCAGCCUAUAAUGAAGCAGGUGCCUUCCUAGAUCUCCCCCCUAUUCCUCUGUAGUUUUCUGCUUGCCGACCAGCUUGUGAUAUGGUUAGUCUUUCGGUGUGCCCCCUUCCUUCCAGUCAGCCCUUUAUUUCUGUAUGUCCUCUUGACAGU